CUCAUUGUCGUUUUUCAUCGUGGAAAAUGGCGCUAGAAGUGGUGUGUUAUUCGCGUAUUAAAAACACAAUUAUCGACACCUGAUAAGCUCUUGUGAGCGUCGUAAAAAUCAAGAAAUUCAUCACGAAUUCAUACCGGACAAACGUUGAGAAAGUUACAGCAAACAACUGAGAAUCUUCGCGUAGAAAUCUGACCCCGGCCAAGGAGCACGGCACAAAGUCACCAGCAAAUAAUCUACAAGUGGAGGUGCAGCGAGUGUGCUUGUCGCUGUCAGUUUGGGAAACGGGGGAACACCGGGAACGAUUGGGUGGCGGCGGAUCAGCGUGGCAUCUCUAGGCCGUGGUCCCGACAGAGUUCUCCGGAUCCAGGCCAAGCUCAGCCCCAUCGGAAGGUCUCAUCGCGGUCGAAACCGUCAAAAUACGCACAUUCCUAGUGCGUGGGGCACGCAGGCAGCGGGGCAACGAGGCCACAAAUUCACGCAGUAACACGCGAAGGGAAGACACUGCCGCGAACUUGACACCACCGCGACCAGGAUGAGUGUGGACACGUACGGACCCAGCUCCCAGACGCUGACCUUCCUCGACACAGACGAGAAUGACCUCAUCGGGGCCGACACGCAGGGAACGGAUUUCGAUUUUCGCGACUUCGAUCUGCCGUCGCAGAGCCAGACGCAAGCAUCACAGAUGGAUCCUUUGACGGGAGCGAGUCAGAUGAACGGCUUAGGCAGACGCCUCGAGGUGCACAACAACAUCUCAGCCAUUACCAACGGCAUAGCCGAGCUCCAAUUCGAGGACGAGGAUGAGGAAUCAGUGAUGCCUUUGAAAGAACUACCGAAACACGCUUGUAAAUAUUGUGGCAUUCAUGAUCCCGGCACCGUGGUUAUGUGUAACAUUUGUAAAAAGUGGUUUUGUAAUGGUCGCGGAAGUACAUCCGGAUCGCAUAUUGUUAAUCAUUUAGUUCGUGCCAAGCAUCGGGAAGUAACCCUACACAAUGAAGGCCCAUUGGGCGAAACUGUUCUGGAAUGUUAUUCAUGUGGUGUGAGAAAUGUAUUUGUUUUGGGUUUCAUUCCGGCCAAAGCUGACUCCGUUGUUGUAUUGUUAUGUCGCCAGCCAUGUGCCGCUCAAAACUCCCUAAAGGACAUGAAUUGGGAUCAAGAGCAAUGGAAGCCGCUAAUAUCGGAUCGAUCGUUCCUAACGUGGCUCGUUAAAAUCCCCACAGAACAGGAGCAGAUGCGAGCCCGUCAAAUCUCGGCCGCACAAAUCAACAAACUCGAAGAACUGUGGAAGGACAACAUCGAAGCGACGUUCCAAGAUCUAGAAAAACCUGGAAUCGACGCGGAACCGGCACAAGUUCUGCUUCGCUACGAAGACGGUUAUCAAUAUCAGAAAAUCUUCGGUCCAUUGGUUCAGCUCGAAGCGGAGUAUGAUAAGAAAUUGAAAGAGUCUCAGACACAGGAAAACAUCGAAGUUCGCUGGGACGUGGGAUUGAAUAAGAAAACUAUCGCCUACUUCACAUUGGCGAAAACUGAUGGUGAUAUGAAACUUAUGCAUGGGGACGAGUUGAAAUUGCGUUAUGUUGGCGAAUUGCAUAAACCCUGGAACGGUGUUGGACAUGUUAUCAAAGUCCCAGACAACUAUGGCGAAGAUGUAGGAUUAGAACUGAAAGUAGGCCAAGGAGCGCCGAUAGAAUGCACAUCGAACUUUGCUGUUGACUUUAUCUGGAAGUGUACGUCUUUUGAUCGAAUGCAACUGGCGCUACGCAAAUUCGCCAUGGACGAUAACUCUGUUUCCAAUUAUAUUUACACAAAAUUGCUAGGCCAUGGCCGUCCUGAUGGCACUGACGAGAUAACCCUGCGUGGAAAUCUACCAAAGCACUUCAGUGCUCCAAAUCUACCAGAUCUAAAUCGUUCUCAGGUUUACGCUGUGAAACAUGCAAUCCAACGAUCCUUGAGCUUGAUCCAAGGACCUCCAGGCACGGGAAAAACAGUUACUUCUGCAACGAUUGUCUAUCAGCUUGUCAAACAGAAUGGUGGCACCGUUCUGGUAUGCGCUCCCAGCAACACAGCCGUCGAUCAGCUUACCGAGAAAAUCCAUCGCACCAAUUUGAAAGUUGUUCGUGUCUGUGCCAAGUCUCGGGAAGCCAUAGACAGUCCUGUAAGUUUCCUGGCACUGCACAAUCAAAUCCGCAACAUGGAUACUAACGUUGAAUUGAAAAAACUACAACAACUCAAAGAUGAGACAGGCGAGCUGAGUUCAGCGGAUGAGAAGCGUUAUCGAGUGCUGAAAAAGGCGUCGGAACGAGAACUCCUUGAAGCCGCCGAUGUGAUUUGUUGUACUUGUGUAGGUGCUGGUGAUCCCCGCCUGGCUCGAAUCAAGUUCUCUUCUAUUUUGAUUGAUGAAAGCAUGCAGUCGACGGAGCCUGAAUGUAUGGUCCCUGUGGUGCUAGGCGCCCGACAGUUGAUCCUUGUCGGCGAUCACUGCCAGCUGGGACCCGUUGUGAUGUGUAAGAAAGCUGCAAAGGCUGGAUUGUCGCAAAGUUUAUUCGAACGCCUGGUCGUGCUAGGGAUUCGGCCAUUCCGCCUUGAGGUUCAAUACCGUAUGCACCCAGAACUCUCGGAAUUCCCUUCGAACUUCUUCUACGAAGGCAGCCUUCAAAAUGGAGUGUGCGCGGAUGAAAGGAAGUUGAAAGUAGAUUUUCCCUGGCCACAAAAUGACCGUCCAAUGUUCUUCCUAGUUACUCAAGGUCAGGAGGAAAUCGCCGGCUCGGGAACGUCGUACUUAAAUAGAACGGAAGCCUCGAAUGUGGAGAAGAUCACCACGAGAUUUUUGAAGGCUGGCGUGAAGCCAGAACAGAUUGGCAUUAUUACACCGUAUGAGGGACAGCGAGCGUACUUAGUUCAAUAUAUGCAGUACCAGGGAAGUUUGCACUCAAAGUUGUAUCAGGAGAUUGAAAUUGCGAGCGUUGAUGCUUUCCAAGGACGUGAGAAGGAUAUUAUUAUCAUGUCUUGUGUGAGAUCGAAUGAGCAUCAAGGCAUUGGGUUCUUGAAUGAUCCUAGGAGGUUGAAUGUGGCAUUGACACGGGCUAAGUAUGGCAUUAUUAUCGUUGGAAAUCCUAAGGUUUUGUCGAAACAGCCGCUGUGGAAUCAUUUGCUUAGUUUUUAUAAGGAGCGCAAAGUUUUGGUGGAGGGAUCGCUAAAUAAUUUGAAAGAGUCGCUUAUUCAGUUCCAGAAGCCUAAAAAGAUAGUGAACACUUUGAACCCGGGCACUCAUUUCAUGUCCAAUGUCAUGUACGACGCAAAAGAGGCGAUGAUGCCCGGUUCGCUUUAUGACAAAUCCGGUGCCUUAGGCUAUGCCCAUCCUCCGCAACCUCCCGUCAACCAAAUGGGCUACCAAGCUCGCAAUAUACCCCUGGAAAUGUUCCAUCGUGCACACCGCGACUCUAUUAGUUACAUUUCCCCGGAACACGCCCAAGCCGCUAAUAUGCCCGUACCCGUGGGCAUCUUCAUGAACAUGAACAAUAUUCCGCCUCGAUUCUACAAUCGCCAACAGCAGGCCAUUCAGGCAGUGAAACAGGGACGUCGACCAGUUAGCAAACCGACUAAAACUCAAAUGUCGAGGGUACGAGGAGCUAGCCAAGUUGGCGGACCGCUUACUCAACAAGGAAUGUCGCAGAAUAUGAGCCAGCCUGGUUUCAGCCUUUCGCAACAACCCGAACUGUCACAGGACUAUGGUCAGAUAUCGCAAAUGGAGGGGAUCUUGUCACAGGAUUCCACAUAUCAGGGCCACGUUGGCGAGAGAAUGGCUUUCGGUCUAACAAAUCCAAAUCAAUACUCGCAGCCAUACUGAUAGAGGGCCCGACGCCUCAACAUUUACAAAAAGUCUUCUAAAAACACUUGAACGAAGAUGCUAGACUGCAAAAACUUGCAAAUGGUCGUGGCUUUCAAUGAAGAAGAUGUUGAUGAUAACAGAGAAACGAGAACGAGAUGAAAUUUUGCAAUAAAGAGCAACAAGGAAAACAAUUAGCGCAAACAAAACACUACGAACAAGGAACAAACGUCAGCAGGAGCAACAUCGGCAACCAAAACCAAACCAUCUACUGCGAAUCUCAGUAUCAUCACAUUUAUUCGACAAUUAAUGUUGAUUGAAAUUUUUAAUGGGUUCAAACGUGAAAAACUGGCACCAAUAAAUGAUUCUUGAUUAUAACAAACCAACAACUAUCACAAUUCUUCGAAAUAAACCGCAUUUAAAGCAAAAAAAAACAUCAAAACGGAUACCAAUAACGAUGGAUGGAAGCAGUCGACACAUGAAAAGCAAAAGGAAAAAGGGCAAAGGAGAAUAUGAACGUUGACACAACUAGCGAUAAAUAGAAUAGAAUAUCGGGCGAGAAGAUGACUCGAAAGUGAGGAGCAAGAAAGCUGUCACCACAGGUGAAAGGGCGACAAAUUGUGGGAGAUACGACGACAACCUCUACCAGCGACGAUUACGCUUUCAGUUGUACAUGCGCGACACCGUCCUGUAGUAGUAGUAGCUGUCUCAGAGAUGCGGACGGCGUUUCCGGUAUUCAUCCGACGUGGAGCGAAUUGAAUGUCUGCACUAACUUGAGAGCAAGGAAUCAGGUGAAAUGUUAGGAAACUAUCGAAGCCAGGACGCACCGCAGAUUGUCGAAUUGCUCUUCUACCAUCAGCGCAACGAAAACAGUAGCGGAGAGCGACCUACUGAUGCCUUACGCAGAAGACGCAUUGCAAACAAGGGUCCUCUUAGUCUCCGUCUUUUCUUGCUUAAGAGCAGAUAUGUAUACGCACAGCUUGCAUUGCAGCUACGAAACGUCGUGAAUGUCUGGAACGAAUCGUCGUUGAAGAAGACCAGCAACUGCUUUCUCAGUCAUCCCCACAAAACAAAUUUAAGUUCUUUUUACAUUUUUUCUUUAUGAGUUUCCCCAUCAGAAAAACAAAACAUGAAAUAAUGACUCUGGAACGAUUUGAAAGCCAUGAAAGUGGGGGUCGUCCCCACUUCAUGUUGAAAACAAUGAAUUUGAAAUUACUUCACAAAUGGAGAACAGGAAAAUAUCCAAAUAUAUUUUUUUAGAAAAAACUUUUGUAUGUAAGUUUUACGGCCCCGUCUUGUUUGAGAUCCACAAUGUAAUGCGCGUGUGAACUCCGACACAAAAACACAAACAAAUUCAACACAUGAAAUUUGAGAGCUUUAUUGAUAUUUUUGUAGAGAGAUGAUCCAUGAAUCCUUAUAACUUACUCUUAUCCCUUCCGUUUUUUUUUUUCUAUUUGGUAAUUAGAAAUGCGCUUCCGAGCACAUACACACACAUUCUUUGUACUAUUCCGUUACACAUGCGCAAUAGAACAACACCAAAAAUGUUACCACGUCUAAAAUGCAUAGAGUUUGAAAGGAAAGAAAAACAAGCCUUGCUUAGAUCAAAACUCGCAGGAUCAACAGAUCACUAUCCACAGCUGAAAUGAUUUUAGUUUUUCUUUUACUUUUGAUCCGUUUUCCCCCUUUUUUCGUAUUGUAUGGAAAAGAAUGUUAAUAAUUAUUUCUCUCUUUUUUGUUGCUAAAUAAAGAAUUAUUCGUUUUUUUU